UACCCAAAAAUUUCCCUCGCGACAGACAUCACCGAUCAAAACACCAUCAUGGCAGAGGACACACACCCAGCCUAUCUCUCACCUAGUGAGCUGGGCACAAAAGAAUACUGGGAAACCUACUACGCCCGCACCCUCUCACACAUCUCCCACACUGACGCCGAACAAUCCUCAAAACCAGAGGCUGAUGGCUCCGCAGACUCGGACGCAGAAUCAGACGUCAACGACGAAGACGACCCCGGCACAUCAUGGUUCUCCGAGCACAACGCACCGGAGAAAGUCCUCCGCUUCCUAACGCGACGAUCCUUCCCACUCGCACCGCAGAAUACCCGCUCCCAGUCAACGCAGCCGUCUAUCCUAGAUCUCGGCACGGGAAAUGGGAGUAUGCUUGCGCUGUUGCGGAAAAAGGGACGGUUUGCGGGGAAUAUGGUGGGGGUGGAUUACUCGGCGAGGAGUGUGGAGUUGGCGCGAGAGUUGCAACGAUCUAGGGGGCAUUCCGCGUACCGAACUGAUGAUGAUUCUGAUUCUGAUGGGUCUGAGGAGGAUGAGACUGAACAGACAGACGCAGAUACCCCCGAGCCAGCGCCUAUCCAAUUCGAGGAAUGGGAUAUCCUGGGUUCAAAGGCUCUUCUCUCCGAGUCCGGCGUGAAAACCUCCCCCACUACCAAAGACGAAACGCUAUCUUGGUUCCCUUACGAGGCAGGUGGUUUCGAUAUCGUUUUGGACAAGGGCACGUUCGAUGCGAUCUCGUUAGCGGAUGAUGCCAAGGCGACGCGCGUGUGUGAGCGGUAUCCUGAUAUUGCGCGACGAUUGGUCCGCAAAGGUGGAUUUUUGAUUGUCACGAGUUGUAAUUGGACUGAGGAGGAGCUUGUUAAGUGGUUUGUCGCGGGGAAGGAGGAAGGAAGCGAUCGUUUGGUUGUUUGGGGCCGUGUUGAGUAUCCGCGAUUUAGGUUUGGAGGACAGGAAGGGCAAGGAGUGUGUACGGUGUGUUUUCAGCGUGUUUCGGAGGUUUGAUUGAGUGGCAUUUGGGAGGCUAUCAUUGUUGUUAAGCUCUGAGUAUGUGAGCGUGGGAAUCAAUAAUCUACUAUAGAUCGAAGCUAUGACCGAUGAUGCAUGACCUCCAUCUUAUACAGUUUCCUCUCCCUUCCAGUAUUUCUACAGAGUCAAGGGAAGAAUCGGGGAAGAUACCCCAUUCAUAGGAUUGAACGGAGAUAGUGAUAUGUCGUAGAGGCUAGCGCUCGAGGGACUCAUCUGUCAAUUUGAACCCAAUCACAACAGUGAGAACCCGGGGGAGAAGGAGAGGUGUUACAAUGGCCAACGAGGCGUGAGCGAAAGGAAGACGAUAGAGCGAGAUGCGAGUGAGAGACUAAUCAUUCAAAAAAUUAGACGGUACCGUCGGUUUGAAACAGUGGCGGACAAUUUCGAGAUAGAACGUGUAUGACUUUCCGGCUCCGAGGCCACCGGCCACUGUCCUCUUUAAGGUUCACAUUAGAUCCCCGUUGUCUCAUUUUCUAUAUCCCGCUGGUUUGGAGUUCUGUGAAACGAAGGUAUAUCCUCGUAAUUCAAUAAUGCCAAAAGGCACGAAGAGAGAUCCUCCAAGGACUCUUCUACUUUCAUUCUCUCUUAUUGUAAUAGCUUUGAGCUGGAGCCCUGAGGAUACGAAUAGGAGUGGUGGAAUCGAGGCGAGGAGCUAGCGAUAGGGAUGAAGUAUACCCUCGCCCAAGAAAACUAUUCUUAAGUUAAUCCUUAAACGUAUCGCUCGAGAAAAAGGUCACAGGGCAUGCUGAUAGCGCUAGAUCAUGUUCAAGACUAUCAGGCGUUAUAUCGAAGUGGAUGGCGCAAUUGAUCGAUAAAGAAAACGCCAUUCCAUUUGAGAUAGAGGAAUGAUGGGAAAAUGGUAUCGAAUAACAGUGAUAUGGAGCAGAGUGCAGUCUAGUUGUAAAGGAAGAUAGAUAGAAGAAACCGAUUCAUGGGAGAUUAGUUGAUUCAAGAAGGAUAAAUUGGAAGGAGAACUCGUUCUGGAGACAAUCAGGUUAAUGGCGUACUUGUGAGAGGGUAAUAAGAUAUGUAUAGUAGCUACAUGCUGU